GCUAGCGAUCAGCACCAUCUCCACCGAGCGCGUCGGCAGUCGUACUUGUACGACCCCCUGCAGCGCCAACCUCGCCAAACACCAUGUCGAAGAAGACCGAGGAAAUUAAGGAGGUGACGACGCUCGGCCCCAAGGUCGCCGAGGGCGAGCAGGUCUUCGCCGUCGCGCACAUCUUCGCGUCGUUCAACGACACCUUCGUCCACGUCACGGACCUCUCGGGCCGCGAGACCCUCGUCCGCGUGACGGGCGGCAUGAAGGUCAAGGCGGACCGCGACGAGGCGUCGCCCUACGCGGCGAUGCUUGCCGCGCAGGACGUCGCGGAGCGCUGCAAGGAGCUCGGCGUCACGGCGAUCCACAUCAAGAUCCGCGCCACGGGCGGCAACAAGACGAAGACGCCGGGCCCCGGCGCCCAGUCCGCGCUCCGCGCCCUCGCGCGCGCGGGCAUGAAGAUCGGCCGCAUCGAGGACGUCACGCCGAUCCCGUCCGACUCGACGCGCCGCAAGUCCGGCCGCCGCGGUCGCCGCCUCUAGGCGCCUCCCCUCGCGUCUCCUUCGACGCCCUAAGUGCUUCGGCGAA